UCUCUUCUCCUUUAAUUUAUUUGAAUCCCUUCUUUCAUCCACACAAAUAUUGCAUUCAAGCAAGAUGAAUCAUAAAACCACUUGUUGGGUUGCAUUGAUACUCUCAAUGUGGCUAAGUUCGACAAUAACAACGUUGGAGGGUGUUCGUCCAAUGCGUAAUAUUCAACAACAAAAGGGUGCAAAUGGAAAUAGAUGGGGUGUCCUUGUUGCUGGUUCUAAUGGGUAUGAAAACUAUAGGCACCAAGCUGAUGUAUGCCAUGCCUAUCAAGUGCUAAAGAAAGGUGGUCUUAAAGAUGAAAACAUCAUUGUUUUCAUGUAUGAUGACAUCGCCAAUAACACACAAAACCCAAAACCUGGUACUAUAAUCAAUAAACCCAACGGUCCAGAUGUUUAUAAAGGUGUUCCCAAGGAUUACAGUGGAGAGCAUACAAAUGCCAAAAAUUUUUAUGCUGUGCUUAGUGGUAACCGAAGUGCUAUUACUGGAGGUAGUGGUAAAGUGGUGGACAGUGGCCCUAAUGACACCAUUUUUAUUUACUAUGCUGAUCAUGGUGCCCCCGGCUUCGUUACUAUGCCAGUUGGUGAGGAUGUAUUUGCCAACGAUUUUAUAGAUGUGUUGAAAAAGAAACACGCCGCUAAGGGCUAUAAAAAGAUUGUGAUAUACUUGGAAGCAUGUGAAUCUGGGAGCAUGUUCGAAGGGAUUCUAACGAAUAAUUUAAACAUAUACGCAACCACUGCUUCCAAUUCAACUGAUCCGAGUUUUGCUGCUUAUUGUGAUAAUGAAUAUGACACUUGCUUGGGCGACGUCUAUAGUGUUUCAUGGUUAGAAGACAGUGACAAAACUGAUAGGAGGAAAGAAACUCUGAAACGGCAAUAUGAAAGUGUUAGAGAGAGAACAUUACAUUGGGACGAUGGCUCCAGUUCUGAGGUCAUGCAAUAUGGAGAUAAAAUGAUCAGCAAUGAUUUUCUGGAUAACUACAUUGGUGCAAACCCUGCCACCAACAAGAAUAGUAAAACGAAUAAUGCAUAUUUUUUUGAUGCUCCAACAAUAUUUGUCAGUCAAAGAGAUGCUACUAUUCUCCAUCUAAGGCACAAGUUGAGCAUUGCUCCAGAAGGUUCGAGUGAAAAAUCAGAAGCUGAAAAGAGAUUAUUACUUGAAAUAGCUGAGAGGGAGCAAGUAGACAAUAACAUAAAACGUAUUGUAAAUAUCUUAUUUGGAGAAAAGAGUGGCUCUGAGGAGGUGAUCACUAAUUCCACUUGGGUUUCAUGCAGAUGAAAAUUUAUGAGAACCAUUGUGGCACUUUAUCAACUUACGGGAAAAAAUACUCGAGGACUUUUGCUAACAUAUGCAAUGCUGGCAUUUCUGAAGAGCAAAUGAUUGUAGCAUCAGCGAAAGCUUGUUAGAUCAUUAGGAAAAGCUAGCAUGAUUCUUAAGUUCGCUCAUCUCAAUCAUUUAUUGAUGUCAAUAACGUAUUAAUGAUUGGCGGGGGAGAUUCUCAAGUAUAAAAAUGUACAUUAAAGAAGGACCUAUUUUUAU